AGCCAAAUAGUUUGAAUGUUCCUUUUCCUAUGUCACUGGAACAGAUACGCUGUCGUGAUCAUCUACCGCUAUCUUAGCGCCAUGAGUGGGCUUCUGAAGAGGAAGUUUGACGAGGUCGAAGAUGACCAGUGCUACUCCUCGUCCUCCCCGUCGUCCCUCACCUCCUCCGCGGGGUGGGACUCGGACGGCGAGAGCUGCUUCUCCGACACGCUGGACUCCCCUAGUUCCCCGGCAACAGCCCCAACCACCACGUCCAUCCUUAAGAAGUCGAAGCGGGCGCGGAGGGGCAACGUGCAAUUUGACCAGGUGGAGGUGUACUUCUUCCCGCGGUGCCAAGGCUUCACCAGCGUGCCCAGCCGCGGCGGCUGCUCCCUGGGCAUGAUGCAGCGGCACAGCGCCCAGCGCAGCUACACGCUGGCCGAGUUUGCGGUGGAACAGCGCCUCCUGCGGCGGGAGAAGAUGAAGAACCGCAUGCGCGAGGAGAAGCUGGAGGCCCUCAGGCACAAACUGACGAAGAACGGUACUCAGGAGUCGGAGGAGGCCGACCAGCUGACGCUGGACGACAUUCCCGAGGACGAGGUCGACCUGAGCGGCGUGAACGUGGACGACGGCUCCUUCCUGCAGCCGUUCCCGUCCAAGCGGCGCCACGCCCUGCUCAAGUCCGCCGGCGUCAAGAAGAUCGACAAGGAGGAGAAGCGGCAGCUCCACGAGCUCCGGCUCUCGCGGGAGAACUGCGGCUGCGACUGCCAAGUGUUCUGCGAGCCGGAGACCUGCAGCUGCAGCCUGGCAGGCAUCAAGUGCCAGAUGGACCACUCGUCCUUCCCCUGUGGCUGCUCCAAGGACGGCUGCGGGAACACGGAGGGCCGCAUCGAGUUCAACUCGAGCCGCGUGCAAACGCACUACAUCCACACCAUCAUGAAGCUGGAGCUGGAGAAGCGCCUGGAGGAGCACUCGGACCAGGGCGACCGGUCCCCGCCCGCCCAGGAGCGCCACGCGCCGGAGCCCCACCCGCACCAGCAGACGCAGUCGGCGCCGGCCAUGCCCGACGUGCCCACGUUCCACUUCAGCUCGGAGCUGACGUCGGUGGGCGAGAACAGCUGCAGCAGCGACAUGACCGACACGUCGAGCUCGUCGGGCCAGAGCGAGUACUCGGAGGAGAGCCCCGCGGUCAGGAAUCACUCGCCGCUGGACGUGGACGAGAACGGCCUCACGCGCAUCCUCAGCUUCACCGACACCGACAGCGAGGACGCCAACUGCGGAAACGGCGACAUCCGACACGACUGCGCCAAUGAUAACGACAACUGCCAGAAGAGAACCCAGUCGUCAUCGACAACGACGACAACCGGCUUCAGCAUCUUUGGAACGUGUUCGGAGGACAAUGACAACUUGUGUGCCACACUCUCAGGCAGGCACGCGGACCUAGACGACAACAGGUCCUCCUCCAUGUCCGAACUCUUAGACGAGAACGCCAACCAGGGCAACGGGUUAUUCCACAGCUGCACGGUUCCCAACACGCCUUCACCGUCGUUCGACCACUCGUCCAGCUACAUGGACCUGAGUCUGUCCUCGGAGUCGGAUCUGGAGUUCUUCGAUGGCUUCCCCUGCCUGGGCCCCAGCUCGCUGUACAACUCCCUCAAGGAGUACGAACACAUGGACAACUUUUUUCAGUUCCAGUUGCCUAGCUAUCCCAGCCUGCCCCAGGGCAACGACCCAGGGACCUGCCUCCUGGAGUCUCUGAUUGGCCUGUCAGAAUCGGUUCCAGAGCCCCCGCCUACUUUCACAGACAAUCAAUUGUUGGAAGAAGCCAUGAAGUUGUCUGUGAUGGAGUCUGUAAAAGUCUAAUGUGAACCAAGAUUGUGAAAUGGACAGUAUUGUACAUAUUUAAGGAAAAAAAACUUUGGGGACUGGAUGUGCACAUGUAUUUACUUUGAUGUGAACCAUUUUGAUGGCUUUGAUGUCACUCGCCCCCCUCCUGGUAUUGAGAUUUCUCGUUUGCCUUUUGAAACUUCAGCAGAGCAGUACGUUUAAAGUCAUGAUCCAAAUGGUAGCUAAUAUUUGUAUCGACAUGGGGGAAGCCAGCAAGGUAAAACAAAGAAUAAUUGGCUUUCGAAAGCUCUAUGCCCACGGAUCAGGGCUCUGGGUAUCCCCGUUGGUUUCCCCCGGAGCUUAAUUGGUCAGCUACAUUUAAUAUAUAUUGUCUUCAGAGGGGGCACGGGGGAGGACGUCUACCAAUAUCACAGAAUGUGAACCUCAGGGAAUUGUUCUAGCUUUCGAAAGAAGCGUUUGGAGACCCGUCCUUUAGAUGGGAACUCUUGCUUGACUCUUCAAUGGGGCUUUUCACCACCGAAACGAUGCCAACAUUUUCAAGGCCUAAUUUUAAGGCACCUUGAUUUGUUUUGUAGUCCCUGUUAGUUCAUUUCUUUUGGCUUGUGGGUGUUAAAAUCCACAGUCUUUUUUAAUUUAUUUUUUAAAUCUCAAAGCUAGAGGUGAGCUCCAGAUCCCUUAUGAUGGCGAACUUAAGAAUCUGAUAUAUGGUACACAGUUCCCCCAAAGGCUCCUCAAUCAGCACUUUAUCUUUGAAGAUAGUCAUGAAAUAAACAAAAGUAUAAGGCAGAGGAGUGUGUCUUCAUCUCCUUUUGUGUCUUUGAAGUCGAGAUUGUUGUAAACUGCCUCUGAUGAUGGGUCAACAGUUCAGAAGUUUACCAGCUAGAAUUACUGAGCAUUUUUUAUUUAUUGUCAAACCAAGAAUAUUACAGCUGUAAAUCGUUCAAAAAGGAUAGUAUAACUAAUAUCUAUUAUCAAUAUCGCUUUUUAUUUAUUCCUUAAGUUUUAUUAUUUUACUUUUUUUUUUAUUUAUUUCUUUAAACACCGAUUCAAAGAUGGGAGCAUUGUAUAACCAGCAAAUGCAACCAUUUCUAUUUUGUCCUUUUUUUUCUUUUUUUUUUUAAUCCUUGUACACUUUGUUCUUUUCUGUGAAUGGGGAAGAUGAGCAUAGAAUACCUAUUUAAUAGUCUAUACUAUUUCACAUUUUUUAACAUUUUGUUAAGUUAUUCAUCACUUAUCAUUUCAGCAGUAAUUUAAUUUAUUACAUUUUGGGGGCAAUAACAGAGGGAUGUGAAAAAGAAAAGUUUACUAUUAUGUGCCUGUUCAUCAAAGGAGCCAUGUUUGCCCAUCUCUUGUACACAGUGGUUGUUUUCUAGCAGUUGGAUUGGACUAAACCUACCUAUCUGAAGAAGUCAGAACUGUGGGUCUGCAUUAUAGCCUAUCAUGUAGCUAGGAACUUAUACUAAGAUUUUCUAACUAAUUUGUGUAGAUGUAAAAAAAAAGAAUUCUAAUCUGUAUCAAUGAUAAAUUAUUUUAUUAAAAAUGAAAUCUGCAAUUUUCUUGAAAUAUUGACACAUUUGUAAUAUAUUAAUAUAGAAAAGAAGUAUAUGAAGACCCUUCAUUAUUGGGUGAAAGGCCUUUUACAAAGCCUCUCUAUAGGGGUAGAUGGUCUCCUAUUAAACUAAAAACUAUGUAAAUUUGCUAAGCCAAAUUUGAUUGUACUCAGAAUGUUGAGAUAUAAGCAACUGAUCAACCUAACUGUGGCUGUAAAUUAUUUUCUCUCUUUUUCUUUUUGGAUCAAGCCUGCAUAUAUUAUGCAACUUGUACCAUAUUAUGCAAAACUGUUGCCUGUGUUUGUUUUCAUGAUGACUUUAAGGCAGAUGGAAAGCUAUUUGCCCAAUAAGGUGUGAUUGAAAAAUCACUUGACAAAUACAUAUUCCCAUUCAAAUGUACAUAUCCCAUCAGAAAUAUGUCCUGUUCCAACCACAAGUUCUGACUUUAUUGGGAGAAGAUGCAUGUGGGACCCAUACAUAUGUUAGUCUGAGUGGCAUAAUUUCAAAGAGCAAAAUGCACAAUCUGAAAAGUAUUUGCCUUUUGCUUUCCUUUGCUGUUCUUGAAUUCUAUUUCAUGUCCAAGUGGACUUUGUUUUUUAUUAUUAUUUUUUAAACACUUUCCCAUGAAGAUAUGAAAACAAUGGGUAUUUCUUGAUCGUGAAUUAUUGUACGUUUUCAACAACACUGCUUUUUUGAAGUGUUUCUUAUGUUUGCCUUUUUUGUUGUACAUAUUUCUUCAGCUUCAGUGGUACUACAGAGCAAACAAUGCUGCUUUUUAUAUUUUCACUCUUUAACUGUUUAAAGCUGUUCAUUUCAAAUCAUUCAACAGUAGUUCGUCCCUGCAAAUAAAAAAGUUCAGCUUUUUUCUUAAA